UUGCUUCCUUACUUCUUGGCAAGUUCUCUUCUCUCUUCUUCCGAAUCCCCCGUAGCUAAGGUAGGUAGUAGGUAUGUAUACUCUAGUACCUAUGGACAAAUAGCUUCGAAAAUAUAUACUGUACGGUAUUCGGUUUUUUGGUUGGAAAUUUCUCAAAUCAAAUUUGGCAUUUUAAAAUUAAAUUCACGAAAGACACCCAAAGUAUUACAAUUCUGUUUUAUGGUAAUUCCAACAAUUGUCCCCUUUGCCGGAGGGUCUUUACCCGGUGUAAUAAAUCCUGCGCAACAUUUAUUGGCAAGAAAAUGUGUAAGUUUUUCCCAGACUCCCAGUGCCGUGUUCAAAUCAAGAUUACCUUCCCCCAGCUUUCCACAAAUGCUUGGUGCUUGGUGCUUGGCGCCGAGAUGUCAACCUUCUUGGCUCCCCAUAAUACCUUCAUCAUAUCUUUUUCUUUUCUAUAAAUAUAUCUAUAUUUAUAUACAUCUUUAACUAACAAUUCUUUAUGAAAGCUUUGAAAGAAGUCGAUAAUUUCGUGUAUGUGUACAACAAAUUUUCAAUUCUCCCCUUCGUCUCUUACGUCCCUUUCAUCCCUUUCGUCCGGUUCUUUGACGAUUCCUGAAUACGAGAUCGUUUUUCGUACCAAGAAAACAGUCAAACAGUCAAUUGCUUGCUCUCAUUUACCAUCGCUAUUGACGUCAAUCCCCAUCUACCCCUUUCAUUUCAAUGCGAUCGAUAAACGCUACCUCACGCAGCUCAAGCUCUUGUUAUUUACUGACCGCAUCAUAGUCUACUUUUCCCUGAUGAAGGAUGGAAUAACCUAGCCACAAAUGAUCAGCUUACGAGCGUUAUCUCUCAAUUGAGUGUAUGUAAUGAAGAUGCUGAGGAGAGCUUAUUGUUCUAAUUCCAAGUUAAUAGCCAAAUAUCUCCUAUGCCGAAUCCAUUUCCGAUAAUAUUCAAACAUUAUCAACUCGUAAUGCCGAUGCGACCGGUGUUAUAGGUGGCUUCCUUUACGUGCCGGAUCUCGACCCGGACCAUGAAUGCUACAACAUCUCAAAACAAUAUAUUCCCUCAAAUGCUACAAGACAGGCCAACCUUCCCGCAACGGAUUUCACACUGGUUGCAUUGGCACCUUGGAUUAGUAAAGAAUGUACGAAAGGCUUCUUAGCUGCAGCACGAAAAGAUCCUGCACGAGGUUUCAUCUUCUACCAGCCAGAUAACGGUACAGCUAAACCACCACCAAUCAGUUCCGAACUGUGGGGACUUGACGAUGGUGGAGCAUGGAAGUCUACAAACAAGUAUCCGGUAUAUGCCGUUCCUGGAAGCGUAGGGGCACGGAUGAUGCACGAAAUAAGUCUAUACUCCGGCAACCUUACGGACGUGCCAUAUGGCCAUGAGCUAUCAAGCUUUCCAGGCGUCGACCCUCGAGAUUAUGCACGGGUCUAUACUCAGCUGAAUGUAUCUCAUGGCACAAAUCUGCCUAAUCUAUGGGAAUUUCUGCUGAUUAUUGUGGCCGUACUCGCCAUCAUGUUGGCCAUCGCUUCAGGCUCCAUGCAUUAUCUCCAGAGGUGUCGAAGACGGGCUCUACGGAGACGCGUGGAAACCGGGGAGGUGAACUUGGAAGCACUGGGUAUCAAGCGUCUUACAGUACCACAGGAAAUCAUCGAAAGAAUGCCUAUAUUCACCUACUAUUGUGGCUGGCAGCAGUCCCAUGUUGCGCAAAAUGGGUCAAGGGCAGCUGAGGAAAUCUCUUCUGACAAGGGAAUUUUGACGGAGGAAAACGAUAUUUCAUUCGGCGAUGAUUCGACAUUGAAUGCGUUGUCUCCGACUUUUGUAUCUAACCUCGGAAACUCCUCACUAUCCAUCUCAGCCCAACGAGUUGUACCAUUUUCUCAACCUACUUGUCCUAUUUGUUUGGAUGAUUUUGAAAGUGGAACUACUUUGAUUCGCGAGUUGCCCUGUGGCCACAUCUUUCAUCCAGAAUGUAUAGACCCGUUUCUUAGCAACAAUAGUUCGCUAUGUCCGAUGUGUAAGAAAAGUGUCUUGCCUGUUGGACAUUGCCCAAUAAAAAUCACCAACGCAAUGACCAAUAGGGAAAGGAACAUGAGAAGAUUGAGAUCUCGAAUCACUAUUCAAGAGGAGAACCAUGAUGUUGAGGCUGGCCAUCCAAGGUUUCUUGCCCGGGACUUGGGCGCUCGCUUCAAAAGGCGAAUGUUUAGCACCUCAACGCUCCCUACGAAUAACGUACAAAUGACGGUUGGAUCAGCUGCCACAGGGCUACCAUUAAUGACAAGUGCAAUACGGUCGCAACCACAGGCGAACAGUAUACUGGGAGUUGAGGUAUCGCAGGAUGGACUUUCUCGGCCGGAGAGGGCCCAACAACGAAUCCGCGAGAUUGCAGCGCAACAACCUGCAAUACAAGACCCGGACUUGGUUCAAACGAGGCAUCAAUUACCUUGUAGGCGCUUCUGAACUUCUAUCCUCUUUCCAAGCUAACGAGCCACGAUAGGGCGUCGGGCAUUGUCGAGAGCUUUUCCUGGCUAUUCUUAAGGGGGCAACUGUAAAUAUUAAUGAAUUAAUGUGCAUUUCAGCGUGGCGUGGGUGCUUCUAUCAUACUCGGAGUUUUAUACCAUGUACACACUGUGCGUGUGAAGGGACAAGGAAUUAAGGGCUGGUUCAGGAAUUGGAGUUGAAGGGGAAAAAUACCAACCACGGAUUGGUUGUCCAGGGAUUUGGCGUAUGUUAUGGAAUUGAUGGAAAAAUUCAUGGGAUACUGUUAAGAAGAUGAAUACAAAGUACGAGGCGAGAAAAUUCAAGAUUGCUUUGUGCUACAUUUGUGGUAGGUAAUACUUAAAUACUGAAAAUAAAACUCGUCUAAACGGACCCA